AUGUUAUUUGAAUUAGAUCGCACCAUGUUUAUUCAAACUGAAUCCACACCCAAUCUUGAUUCUCUCAAGUUCAAACCUGGCAAACUUGUUCUCCCCGAAGGCACUACCAGCACUCGAGAGUUUAUUUCUGCUCGUGAAGCAAUGCAGUCCCCUCUAGCUUCAACCCUAUUCCGUAUCGAUGGAGUUAAAUCAGUUCUUUUUGGAAAAGAUGUCAUUACGGUCAACAAAUCUCCCGAUGUGGCUUGGUCCAUUAUCAAGCCAGAUAUUUUUGGCGCUAUUAUGGACUUUUAUUCGUCGGGAGUGCCGCUCUUUAAAGUUGCAUUUGAAGGUCCAACUGAUACCAUGAUCCUGCCUGAAGACUCGGAGACGGUCGCUAUGAUUAAAGAGCUGUUGGAUACACGUAUUCGUCCAACCAUUCAAGAAGAUGGUGGGGACAUUGAGUAUAUGGGCUUUGUAAAUGGUGCCGUAAGACUAAAGUUGAGAGGUGCAUGCCGAACAUGUGAUUCGUCUGUCGUGACUCUGAAAAAUGGAAUUGAAAAUAUGUUGAUGCACUAUAUCCCAGAAGUAACUGCUGUGGAACAGGUACUGGAUGACUUGGAAAUAGAGUCGAAUAAGGAAUUUUCAAUGCUAGAACAGUCGUUGAAGAACCAACAGCAUAUUCGCGUGAAAUCUCCUUGA